CAGAAACAUACAAAGCAAAGCCUAUACUCAACAGUCAAGUGCUUCAAUCUUUUAAUCCGGCUGUAUGGAGGGAAGAAGACAACGGGGGGCAAAAGCUAUUAGAAGCUCCAAUUCGGAUCCAGAAGAUGAUCGGUCCGAGUCUCGUGUUGAUCGUAGAAAUCCACUUGGUAAACGACCAGCUUUUACUUCUCAUGAGCCAUACGAAUCACAUUCCACACACAUACCAACGACUGAGGAUAAAGACAUGAAAAACCAGUCUGAAAUUGAAGCUGAAGAUCCAAGUGCGAAUGCCAAUGCCAAUGCUAAUUUGAAUGACAAUGACAGUGACGAUGAUCAACAACUAAUAAUUUAUCCCAGGAAAGGGAAAGGAAAAGUCAAUCGUCAGAAGCUUCGCCCUUUUUUAUAUCGAGCUGCUCUAAGAGGUGAUUGGAAGGAUGCUGAAGCUGUUCUGAGUUUAGACAGAAGUAUAGCUAGUGAUAAGAUAACAAAUACAGGAGAUACGGCUCUUCACGUAGCUGCUGCCAGCAAGAAAACUGCAUUUGUUCGUAAAUUAGUCGAGUACUUGAACGAAAAUGAGUUAGCAUUGCCGAAUAAACACGGAAACACAGCUUUAUGUUUUGCAGCUAUAUCAGGGAUUGUAGAAAUUGCCGAGGUCAUGUGCAAAAAGAAUAAAAAAUUGCCAAUAAUCCAUGGCAGCAAUGGAAUGACUCCACUUCGAUUGGCUGCUAUGCUUGGAAAAAGGAAAAUGGUUAAAUAUCUUUAUCAAAUUACGCCUUUUCAAGAUCUCCAGGCUGAGGAACGUAUGGAGAUUCUUGUAGCAACUAUCUACGCUGCCAUUUAUGAUAUUGCAUUAAAGAUGUUGAAAGAAGAUACAAGUAUAGUUACUUAUCCAGCAGUAAAGAUAGGAAAAGCUCUGAAAGUGUUAGCUCGAAAGCCUUUAUCACACCAUGGAAAAUGUCAAGGACAGUUAUGGGAAAGACUUGUUAGAAUCAUUGCUACUGUCCCUUAUGUUCCUUGUUUCAAAGAUAUAUAUGAUUCAGUUGAAGUGCGGAGACAAGGCCGUAGUCUGGUAGAGAGGCUUUGGGAAGAGAUUCUGAGGUUACCAGACUCGGCCAUUUCUAAACUAAUUUUUGAGACUGGAAUAUUUCAUGAUGCUGCAAAGAUAGGGAAUGUUGAGUUUCUGACAAUGCUUACCUAUGCAUAUCCCGAUCUUAUAAAGAAUGUUAACUCAAAUGGUUACUCCAUAUUUCAUGUUGCUGUGUUGAACCGGCAAGAAAAUGUUUUCAAUCUCAUUUACCACAUAGGAGCUCUUAAAGAUUUAUUAGUACUCAAUAUAGAUUGGAAAGGCAACAACAUUUUGCACUUGGCUGGAAAAUUAGCACCUCCAAUCAGAGUCAAUAUUGUAUCAGGAGCAGCACUCCAAAUGCAGAGAGAACUACUAUGGUUUAAGGAGGUAGAGAAAAUUGUGCCACCAUCAUUUCUGGAGAGGAAAAAUUACGAUUUACACACACCAAGGGAGUUAUUUUCAGCCGAGCACAAGGAUUUGCGGGAAGCUGGUGAGAAGUGGAUGAUGGACACAGCAAAUUCUUGCAUGGUUGUGGCAACUUUAAUUGCCACAGUGGUAUUUGCUGCAGCCUUUACGGUACCAGGUGGCAAUAAUGAAACAGGCACUCCAGUAUUCUUGAAUGAAUGGUGGUUCACAGUUUUUGUCAUAUCGGAUGGGGGGGCAAUGUUAACCUCAACAGCUUCUAUAAUGAUGUUCUUGUCGAUUUUGACUUCACGUUUCGAAGAAGAUGAUUUUCUAUUUUGGUUACCGGCAAAGUUGACGUUCGGAUUAACAUCUCUCUUUGCUUCAAUCAUUUUCAUGGUCAUAACAUUUAGUGCAACGUUCUUUUUGGUCUACAAUAAAGAAAAGCAAAAGUUGCUGCCGGGACUUGCUGCUGUAGCUUGGAUUCCAAGCAUUUUAUAUGGAGUGCUAAAUUAUCAGCUGAUGAUUGCCCUAUUCCGCUCAACAUUCUACUCGAGGUCUACAUUUCGAGGAGGUAAGCACAGACUUUACUAAUAAAAGGAGUAGCAAUUCUGCUCUUUUUUUCUAUCAAAUUAGUACUACAAAAUAAGUGGGCUUUGCUUUGUGAGUACAAUAAAAAUGGAGAAUUUCUAUUUCUUAUUUCCAGAGACAGAUUGUGAUGGAAUUCUGUAAGCACAUUUUCAGACAGUGAUUGUUUUACUGAAUGAUCUGAAUGUUGAUUAAAUUGAGUUGCCUUGA